AUGUCUCCAACCAUCGACUACACCCUGCCUGACCCCCCACUCACAAAGGAGGGCGAGGCACAAUGCGCCAAGCUGAGGGAAAACCUCAUCAAGACCUUCACCAAGGAUGUAGAGAACCCCGAUGAUAUCGCUAUCAUCGUGAGUCCCAUGCGUCGUACUCUGCAGACAGCCAUGCUCUCUAUGGACUGGCUUGUCGAGCGCGGCGUGAAAAUCGAAGGCAACGCAGACUGGCAAGAAAAUUCGGAUAAGCCUUGUGAUACGGGAAGUCAGAUACCGUCCGUAUCGAAAGACUUUCCCAAGGUCAACUUCUCCACCGUUGAUGCCAUUUGGCCUGACAAGAAAUCAUCUGAGGGCCGGCGCUACGCAUAUACCAAACAGUCCAUCCUUGCUCGUGGAAAGCGUGCUCUAGAGGAUCUUCACAAGAGGCCUGAGAAGCUCAUAUUUGUGGUGUCACACUCUGGCUUCCUCAGGUUAGGUGUCGUUGGCUAUUGGUUUUUUAAUAGUGACUACCGUGUCUUCGAUUUUGAAACUGAGAGGAAUGCCGACGGCGGGCUGAGAGUUGUCCAGCAGGGGAGGACUCUUGCUGGUGGCCUGGGUCUAUCGUGGAAGGAUCCUGUUGCCCUUGGAGGUGAUCUCCCCGAGGAGGAUCCUGAAACCGAUCCCAGUGCUUUUUAG